AAGGUCUGGUCACACUGCCGCGCCAGCCAAACAACGGCGAACAAAAACAAAAACACCGCUCUGAUGCCUUAGCGCUUGCGUUUUUCCUUUUUGUUGUUGUUGUUGUUGUUAUUUGCCAGCCACGCGAGACGAGAGAGGAGAAGCCCCCGAUGCUGCGCCUACUCGUGUCCAACUGCGGUCGCAGCAGCGACCUGUUCAGUCGCCACCUGCUCCAGCCCACGCAGCAGCCACUGCCACGCCUCCAGAAUGCCGCCCGCCUGAUGAGACAGCACCUCCGAGGUACGAAUGCCAAGGCAGGAGCAACGUCCACAACGCCCGCUGGUAUUCCUGCCACUCGCCUGCUGCACACCACACGCCUCCUUCUGUGGGGCGGCGGUAGUCUCACCCUGGGACUGGGCGCCCGCUCCUGGUGGGCAGGACGAGGGCACAUUGUUCACUGCGAAGGCAGCCGGUUGGCAGUAAGAAAAGAACCGCUGGAGGAGGAUCAGGACAAGGAGAAGUUUGACUGGCUGCGAUUAUGGUCGUAUCUGGAGCCACAUCUCUGGGAGCUGAUCGGUGCCGUAUGCGCCGCCCUGAUAGUGGCCUAUAUCAAUAUACGCAUACCAAACCUGCUCGGCGACCUGGUCAACACGCUGGCCCGUUAUGCCAACACCUAUGUGACGGAUCCCAUCAACAACUCCUUUGUGAAGGAUGUUAGCAAGCCGGCCAGCAACCUGUUGAGCCUGUAUAUGCUCCAGUCGGGCUUCACCUUCAUGUACAUUUACCUGCUGAGCCGCGUCGGUGAGCAGAUGGCGGCCAAGAUGCGGCAGGAUCUGUUUAAGCAGAUUGUUGUCCAGGACAUUGCCUUCUUUGAUGACAAUCGUACGGGUGAGCUGGUCAAUCGUUUGACCGCCGAUGUCCAAGACUUUAAGACCUCGUUCAAGCAGUUUGUGGCCCAGGGUUUGAGGAGUGCCGCCCAGCUUAUUGGCGGCAGUAUAUCCCUCUUUAUGAUAUCGCCACACAUGGCGGCCAUAGCCCUGGCCAGUGUUCCCUGUGUGGUCAUGUUUAUGUCCUAUCUGGGCAGGAAACUGCGUUCACUGAGCAAAAGCUCACAGGCCCAGGCGGAAAGGGCCACGGGUGUGUGCGAGGAGGCGCUGGCCAACAUACGAACAGUGCGUUCCAGUGCCUGCGAAUACCGCGAGAUGCAGCUGUUCGAGACGGAGACCAACGAGGCAGCUAAACUAGCCCAGGAACUGGGCUAUGGGAUUGCCAUCUUCCAGGGACUCACAAACUUCUUCCUCAAUACUUUGGUGCUGUCCACCCUGUUUAUGGGCGGCCAUCUAAUGUCCACGGAGAGUUUGUCGCCGGGUGCUUUAAUGGCCUUCCUGGUGGCCUCGCAGGGUGUGCAACGAUCCCUGGCCCAGGGUUCUAUACUCCUCGGAACCAUGAUCAGGGGCAUGACUGCUGGGAGUCGGGUCUUUGAGUUCCUUUCGCUGCAGCCGCAGGUGGAGCUGCUGCGGGGUUAUGUGAUACCGCAGGAGCGGCUACAUGGCGAGAUUCGUUUCGAGAAUGUCUCCUUUGCCUAUCCCAUGCGACCGGAUCAUGUGGUGCUCAAGGACUUUAGCCUCACGCUCCGCCCGGGCCAGACAGUGGCCCUGGUGGGAGCCAGUGGCUCAGGAAAAUCCACAAUAGCCUCGCUGGUGGAACGUUUCUAUGAACCCACUGCGGGCAACAUCAAGCUCGAUGGCUACAAACUCUCGGACAUUUCACCUUAUUGGCUGCGUGCCAAUGUUUUGGGCUUCAUUGAACAGCAACCGGUGCUUUUUGGUACCUCCAUUCUGGAGAAUAUUCGUUAUGGCAAGCCGGAUUCCAGCGAGGAUGAUGUCUUUGCUGCGUCACGCCUGUCGCAGUCCCAUGACUUUGUGACCGCCUUGCCCGAGGGCUAUGCCACGCAUGUGGGCGAGCGUGGCACCCAGUUGAGCGGUGGUCAACGGCAACGCAUUGCCAUAGCCCGAGCUUUGUUAAAGAAUCCGCGCAUCCUGAUACUGGACGAGGCGACGAGCGCCUUGGAUGCCACCAGCGAGGCGGAGGUGCAGCGGGCUUUGGACACGGCGGUGCAGAAUAGGACGACAUUGGUGAUAGCUCACCGGCUGUCGACGAUACGAAAUGCGGAUUUGAUAGUGGUCCUUGACCAGGGACGUGUGGUGGAGACCGGCAAACAUGACGAGCUGAUGGUCAAGCGCGGCCUAUACUUUGAGCUAGUGCGCCAGCAGGAAAGGCGUGAAAUCCUGGAGCAGGUAGAUGCCGUGGAGGAGGCGGUGGCCGUCAAGGAGCAGCAGCAGUCUGCGCCCGGUGAAGCGCCGGCGACAGUGGGGGGCAGCAGCAGUUCCAGCGGCAGGACAAACACCGCCCAAGGCUAAGCGAUUUUAGGCAAAUUGUUGAUGAUGAUGAUGAUAAUUCCCUCUAAAUUUAGUUGAGAUUGUUUUUGUUUUCACCUCUUUUUUUAUUUUUUUCAAAUGACAAAAAAAAAAAUGGUAAGGAUAAGUUUACAAUAAAAUAGACGCUGAA